UGGGACUCAUUGAAUAGUAUUUAGAUUCAAAUAUUGAUUCUAGGUUUCUUGCUCGGUUUCUUGUUACUUCCAUCCAAAAAAUUAUUUCCUGAUUUUGAAUUAUUCGAAAUAAGUCUUCUUCUAUUCAAUUUCAAGGGUUUACGUGUAACUGUAAAUUGAUUAUUGCGAUCAUCUGUUUUUUUCCCGAAAAUAUGUCAGACACAUAUAAAAAUGUCAGGGUUCUUAGUAGAAACGGGACAAAUUAACUAAAAUAAAUUGGCAAUCAGCUAUUAUUGGGCUUCUUGUUUGUUUCAUUUUAAUUGUUAUUUUAUAAUAACUCUGAGUUUAUGAAUGCCUAAAUUCAAUUACCUACUCCUGCAGAUUUCUCAGCCACAAUUUCCAAUAAAGCAUGUAUCUCUCGAGAUUUCAAACUGAAAAUUUUUGGUUUAUUAGAAUCUUAUUUUUCCAUUUGUGUUAUAUCAAUAAUUUCAUUUUGGUGCAAUGUCCGAAUUGAAUAUUUAAGUCUACUGAUGAUUCUCUUCAGUUACAUUUGAAAUUCUUCUUCUUUUGUUGUUAUUCCUCGAGCAUUAUAUUCUAUGGUCCCAAAUUUAUAUACCAAUGUUCGAUAGGUUUGCUUAUCAUUCUUGUCCUGACUUCCAACGGAGAACCUAGUCUGUUGUUAAGUGACGGUUAAUUUGGUUUUACUCUAGUGACUGCUAAAACUGUUAUUACCAGUGCUGAAACAUUUGUUUGCCACAGUCCUGUAUAUCAACACAAAUCCUGCCGCUAUGAUUGCUGAUGAAGAAAAUAUAGAUGAUAAUGUGGCUCAAACUAUAAUGAAAAGCAUAAGGAAUGCCAUGAAAUGCUGCUGUUGUGGAAAGACCAUGGAACUUCCAAUAUGGACUUGUUUGUCUGGCCACAAUAUAUGUUCCAAAUGCACUAGAUCAAACGAAGUAUGUCCGCAAUGUUUCGGUAAUACCAAGGAACGUUUGAGGAAUUUCGAAUUAGAAAAAAUCUAUAAUAUCUGCAUAGGUAAAAGUCCAACAUUCUUUGAAGAAGAAUAGAAGAGACCUUUAUUUCUAUGUUAUCACUGAGGCUGACAAGGAGCAAGUUAAAACACUGU